CGACAGAAGCCAUUGCGGUGUCGUGGCUCAGUUAACAAAACACGAAAAAAAAAAGGAAGGAGACAGGGUGAGCUGGCUGUCAGCGGGAUCUCCUUUUAUUUUUUCCCCGAGCCACAUUCACAUGACCAGGCGAGCCACCGCACUCGAAAACAGAUUCCAUACCUGAAUAACGAGGUUGAACAGCUCCGGAUAUGUCAUUCUUAUUUGAUUGGAUUUAUAGCGGGUUCAAUAGCGUACUACAGUUUUUAGGACUGUACAAGAAGUCAGGCAAGCUCGUAUUCCUCGGCCUGGACAAUGCCGGCAAAACCACGCUACUGCACAUGUUAAAAGAUGACAGACUGGGCCAACACGUGCCCACUCUCCAUCCCACCUCGGAAGAGUUGACGAUCGCCGGCAUGACAUUCACCACUUUUGACCUUGGAGGCCACGCACAAGCCCGGCGAGUGUGGAAACACUACCUCCCCGCCAUAAAUGGCAUCGUCUUCCUUGUGGACUGUGCGGAUGGCUACAGGUUGGCAGAAUCCAAAGCAGAACUUGACGGCUUAAUGACGGACGAGACCAUCGGCAACGUGCCCAUCCUCAUCCUGGGCAACAAGAUCGACCGACCGGAGGCCAUCAGCGAGGAGCGGCUGAGGGAAAUGUUUGGACUCUACGGGCAGACGACAGGCAAGGGCAACAUUCCCACGAAGGAACUGAACACGAGACCCCUUGAAGUUUUCAUGUGCAGCGUGCUAAAGCGUCAAGGCUACGGCGAGGGAUUCCGCUGGCUCUCCCAGUACAUCGACUGAAAACGGCGCCGCCUGCCUCUCCCUCACCGCAACAACAACAAUAACAGACGUACAACAGCGGGUUUGCCGACCGACCACCACGACAACGACGACAACAACUCGAUCCCAAUAGACUUUUAUUGGUUCUUUGGGUUCUGCACUUACACACACACACGCACACGUUUGUUUGUCCCACUCUCAUAGCUCCAAAUGGACAAGUCUUCUUGUUUUCGUAUGCCGGCGUCCGUUUGGAAGCUUCCAGUAGUUCCAUACGUGGCAUUUUUAUUCUAUCAUCAUUUUUCUUUCUUUUUAUGACGCUUGUUAAAUCGAAGGACCAACAUCCCUUCCUUGCCUUGCCCACCCUGAUUAAAAACAAAGCAAUUUUUUUUUAUACAUACUAUGGUAGAAAAGCAUAAAAAAGUAGCGUAAUGGCUCAAUAUUCAAAAUAAUGUAUGAAAUGUACGCCAACUUGGUACAUGGACGUUGUAUCCUUUCUCAUUAUGCAUGCAUGCCUUGUUCUUUUUUUCAGCUGUAACCACCCCUUUUAUGAUUAUUAUAACCGUUAGGACGAUAAUUAGGAUUACAGCAGACAGGGAGGAAGAUGCCAAAAUGGAGGGGAGACAAUAUUAUUAACACACAUACACACACGCGCGUGCGUUGCAUUCCUUGUGUGUCUUUCAUUCCGGUUAGCAGCAUUCCAAAUGCGAGGCUGCUGGUGGUGGUAAUGUUGUUGUUUGCAUCAUAAAUGUUUAAGAAGAAGAAUGAUGAUGACCAUGAUAAUAAAUGUUUGCAAUGAAUAACAGGCUUUAACAUCCAUACAGCAAUUGAGGCUGCGUUUUUCUUUAGUUGUUUUUGGGUUAUGUUUUAAUUAUGGAACCGCAAAAACUUUUGGCAAAGAACAAUAUUUAGAUAAAUCAACGAAGCAUGCACACAGCUUAGUUGACGGUGAGUGAAAUAGAGAAAUUUGAUCAAAAAGAUAACUUAAGGAACUAUUUGUGCACAUACAAGUAUACAGUAUACCAAUGUCUUGGCAGCCUUUUUUAGUCUUAGUGUGUUAAUAACACUUAUUACUGUAAUUUUCUGACUAUAUUUUUGGCCGCUUUUUUGCUUUAUUUUGUAUCCUGCGGCUUAUGGUUCAGUGUGGCUUAUUUGUUGAUUUAUUUGGGUUAAUAUGGGGUAACUUUAUUUGACAGCAGCGUCAUUAGACUGUCAUAAGACAGUCAUAAUUAUGACAUGACACUGUCAUGGGCAUUACUGAAUGAAUAUGACAGAUGUCAUUAAGUGUCAUCCAGCAAAUUAUGUCACUAACUCCAUUUAUGUCCAGCUCAGAUCUUUUACAUCCAUUCAAAAGUGAGAUAAUUUGCCGGAUGGCAAUAAAUGACAUCUUUUAUAAACAUUCAUUAAUGCGCAUGACAAUGUCAUGUCAUAAUUAUGACUAUCUUAUGACACCACUGUCAUAUAAUGUGUUACCAAAUCCCAUAACUAGCAAUUAAUGAAACUGGAACAGUAACUGAAGAAAUAAUUGGCACAGAACCCAUAUUUUCAUUGUUAUUUACAUCAGGA